GCAUAAGUUUUCAGGCAUAAUGUCACUGAAAUCCAAUCUUGGCUAUUCUCCAAAGGUCUUGGAGCAUAUCGUGAUGCGUUGGAGCCACUUGUACAAGCUUGUCAUCUACUGCAGAGCAGAAAAGAUGAGUCCAACAUCGACACCCUGUGCGGAGAGAUGACAAGCAGAUUGAAACCACGUCAGGUGAUUGCAAUUCUGCAACAUUACGCUCCCUCUGACAACUUCGAAGAGCGUGAUAUUGACGCGGAUUUACUUGUAAUGAUCCAGCGACGUCUCAGUGAGCGGGCAAAAGCGAAUGGUGAAACAUCUGAGGAUCAGAACACUUUGAUUGUAAUGGGAACUUACUUGCAGCCUUUCAACUCUCAGCCAUUUGUCCAUUCUAACUUUGCUCUAGAAACUCUUUCUUUGCCCACAUGUUUACAUCUACAGCAAGUUUGCAGACUUUUGUAA